UUCAUUUCAGUCUUGAAAAAGUGUGAGAGAGAGGGUGUGCUGAAGUUCUGUAAAUGUUUUAAAUUUCUGUACGUAAAAAUAAUACAAUUUGAUCGUGGAGCUAUCGGAUUUAUCGGGUAGACGAGAUUGCAGUAAUUUAAAAAAAUAAAUAGAAAAAUAAUCGUAUCUAUCAGCAAAGAGAAUAUUGCAAUCAUCGUUAAUAAUACGUAACAGUGGUAUCCAAUAUCAGUCUCAAUGUUAUAAAGAAAAUUAAGUGAACUGAAAAGAAAUAUAUAUAUCAAAAAAGGAGAAACUUAACAAAGAAAAAUGUUUUCAAGACCCAAUCUUUACGGUAAUCUAACUAAAAUAUGCGGUAAUAUGAGAACAACAGCACUGGUAAAUCCCUCGUCGGUUACAGCUGCAGCCGCAUCAUCGCCUACACCGUACAGUAAUGCGAAUGUGCGUCAAUACCACGAAGUAGUGGGUGAUAUUGUAUGCCCCUCUCAAGUGAGAGGCAUUGACCAUAUCAGAGAUCCCCGCUUAAAUAAAGGCUUGGCGUUCACAUUGGAAGAACGUCAGAUAUUGGGCAUACAUGGUUUGCAGCCGGCUCGUUUUAAAACCAUGGAAGAACAGUUGGAAUUAUGUAAAAUUGCUGUCAACCGUUACAUGGAACCCUUGAAUAAAUAUUUAUACUUGGCUGAUUUAGCCGAUCGUAACGAACAUUUGUAUUUUCGUUUUCUGUACGAUAACAUAGAGGAUCUUAUGCCCAUCGUAUAUACGCCCACUGUGGGUUUGGCUUGCCAACGUUUUGGUUUAAUUUAUCGGCGGCCGCGUGGUUUGUUUAUUACGGUUAACGAUCGGGGCCACGUAUUUGACAUCUUGAGAAACUGGCCUGAGCCAGAUGUACGUGCUAUUUGUGUAACUGACGGUGAGCGCAUCUUGGGUCUGGGUGAUUUAGGUGCUAAUGGUAUGGGUAUACCCGUCGGCAAAUUGGCAUUGUAUACGGCUUUGGCCGGCAUUAAACCACAUCAAUGCUUACCAGUUUUGAUAGACGUUGGCACUAACAGUUAUGAUCUUCUUGAAGAUCCUUUGUAUGUCGGUUUGCGUCAGAAACGGGUUAUUGGCAAAGAAUACGAUGAUUUCAUUGAUGAAUUUAUGGAAGCUGUUGUUAAACGUUAUGGUCAAAAUACGUUAAUCCAAUUUGAAGAUUUCGGCAAUCAAAAUGCAUUUAGAUUCCUGGAUAAAUUCCGGAACACAUAUUGUACUUUCAACGACGACAUUCAAGGUACUGCCGCCGUAGCCGUGGCUGGGUUAUAUGCAUCCAAGCGUAUCACCAAUCGUAAUUUCGCUGAUUCAACGUUCGUGUUUGCGGGUGCCGGCGAGGCUGCUAUUGGCAUUGCCUCAUUGUGCGUAAAAGCAAUGGUGGACGAAGGUGUAGAUGAGAAAACUGCUCUUUCAAAAAUUUGGAUGGUGGAUAUUGAUGGCCUUUUGACAACGACGCGAAAAAAGGGUACAAUAUCUACUCAUCAAACCAAAUUUGCUAAAGAUGUGGAGCCGUUAGAUAAACUUGAGGAUAUAGUAACAAAAUACAAACCGAAUGUAUUGAUUGGGGCCUCAGCUGCUGCUGGCAUCUUUACACCAAAAAUCCUUCAAACUAUGGCUGCUAACAAUGAACGCCCGAUUGUAUUUGCAUUAUCAAAUCCAACCAGCAAGGCCGAAUGCACUGCCGAGCAGGCAUAUCAAAACACUGAUGGUCGUGUAGUGUUCUCAUCUGGUUCUCCGUUCCCACCAGUGACCAUUAAUAAUAAGACCUUUACACCUGGCCAAGGUAACAAUGCGUAUAUUUUCCCCGGAGUAGCAUUAGGUGUUAUCGCCACCGGGACUCAUCACAUACCCGAAGAUAUGUUCCUCAUCUCGGCAAAAGAAUUGGCGAAUUUCGUUGAACAAUCCGACUUAGAUCGCGGUUCUUUAUACCCACCACUAAAAAGUAUUCAUGAAGUAUCAAUGCGUAUUGCAUGUGCUAUUACCUCUUACGCCUACAAAGAAGGUUUGGCCUCUACUUAUCCGGAGCCUGAGUGCAAACGUGAAUGGUUGAAGGAGCAAUUGUACAAUUUCAAUUACGAGUCAUCUAUGCCUGUGACUUGGGCGUGGCCGCGGAUGCCCUAUUUUAAGACACGUAAAGAUAGUCCACUUUUAUCGUCCAUGAAAUAGAUUUAGACGCGCUAACGUCACGUUAACAUCUGAUAUAUUCUCAUAUGUUUAUAAUAUGCUUGAUUGUGUUGAGAUUGCACAAAAUGGUUAAAUUCCUGUCGAUAGCGUAUCGUGUUAGUCUUCUAGUUCUACCACCAUCAUUUCAGCUACGACUUUUCAAUCUUCUACUAUUCGACACUUCUUCCCGUAUUACUUGGUCUAUCCCAGGUUCAGUUAACGACUACUGCAAAUAACAAAUUAGUUUCGUAGUUAAUGGAAAUAAUUUAAUUUUUUCUUUUUGUUUCGAAAAAAUUUUCAUCGUUCUAUCCAAGUAGUGGUAAUCCUACCCCACGAUUAACCUUAAAUUGGUUAAACGAAUGUUGUUUUAAUACCUGUUAUUUUCUGUUUUCCUUUGUGAUAAAAAGUUGUUUCAUUUCGUUCCUCCUCGCAAAUCGCUUCAGUAUUUUACCCUUGUUGCUAAACUCCAGCGCUUGCAUACAUAAAGUUUCAUGUUUGUGCAUCGGUACACAUCUUGCUUCAACUCUAUGCUAAACGUUGAAAUUGUUAAAACAUUUAUAGUUUCAAAAUUGGUUAUUUUUAGGUCUUUUGUUUUAUUUCCUUAAUUUUUUUUUUUAAUUGUUUUUUCAGCAAAGUAAAAAGAUCAUUAAUUAGUUGCGUUAAUCAU